AUGGGAAACCGUCUCCCAGCCACCUCUUCCUCAGAAAAACAAAGCAAAUCCUUGCCCAUUGACACCAUCUUCAAGUUCCCCUCUUCAAUGCCCAAAUGGCCAUCAGGAGGUGGCUUUGCAAGUGAUUAUAUUGAUCUAGGUGGGCUCCAAGUGCACCAAACAUCAACCUUCAACAAAGUUUGGACCAUUUAUGGAGGAGGACCAGAUGAUCUUGGUGCAACAUUUUAUGAGCCAUCCCAAAUUCCAGAUGGAUUUUUCAUGCUCGGAUCCUACAGCCAGCCUAACAAUCAACCCUUUUUUGGUUGGAUUCUUGUUGCAAAAGACACCUCCAGUGAUCAAUCAUCAAGCAAUGAAACUCUCAAGAAACCAACUGACUACACUCUAGUCUGGAGCAGUGAGUCCUUGAAGACCAGCCAAGAUGGCCAUGGCUACAUUUGGUUGCCAGUAGCACCUGAUGGCUACAGAGCUGUUGGCUAUGUCGUGACCGCGACACCGGACAAGCCUUCUCUUGAUAAAGUCCGAUGUGUUAUCUCUGAACUCACUGAUAAAUGUGAAUCUGAAAACUGGAUUUGGGGCCAAGGCAAAACAAGCAGUGCUAGUGAUUUCAAUGUGUACAGUUCAAGGCCUAGUGGUAGAGGGAUACAAGCGCAAGGCGUCGGUGUUAAUACGUUCAUAGUCAAGAAUGGAUCAGAUGAUAAUUCUUCUUCAACAACCAUAGCUUGUUUGAAGAAUAACAACUUCAGCAAUUUUUCAUCCAUGCCUAAUUUGCAACAGGUUGAAGCACUAUUCCAGGCAUAUUCUCCUUGGUUGUUCUUUCACCCCAAGGAAACUUACCUUCCCUCAUCAGUCAAUUGGUAUUUUGAGAACGGUGCAUUAUUGUAUACCAAGGGAGAGGAGCCAAAUCCUGUUGCCAUCCAAUAUAAUGGUGCCAACCUUCCCCAAGGCGAAUCCAAUGAUGGAGCAUACUGGCUGGACCUACCUGUUGACAAAAACGCCAAAGAAAGAGUCAAGAAAGGAGAUUUACAAAGUGCUGAGGUGUAUCUCCAGAUUAAACCUAUGUUAGGUGCAACAUUUACAGACAUUGCAAUUUGGAUUUUUUACCCAUUUAAUGGUCCUGGAACGGCUAAACUCGGAAUAAUCGACAUCCCAUUAGGCCGAACUGGCGAACAUAUUGGAGAUUGGGAGCAUUUGACACUAAGAAUCAGCAAUUUCAAUGGGAUUUUGUACAAAGUUUAUUUUUCAGAACAUAGCAAAGGAAUAUGGGUAGAUGCACCACUACUUGAGUUCCAUGAUGGUACUAAUAAACCAGUCGCAUAUUCGGCAUUGAGUGGCCAUCCAAACUAUCCAAAACCAGGGCUUGUUUUGCAAGGGGCAGGUGAUGUUGGAAUAAGAAAUGAUGCAGCAAAGAGUGACAAGUUUUUGGACACAGGAGCAAAGUAUUCAAUAGUUUCAGCUGAGAAUCUUGGCUUGGGAAUUGUUGAGCCACCAUGGCUGAACUAUUUGAGAAAAUGGGGUCCUAAUAUUGUUUAUGAGCCUGGGGUUGAAGCUCAGAAAGUCGAAAGAUUGUUGCCUCAAAAUCUAAAACCUGCAUUUGCCAGAUUGGUGAAGAUAUUGCCUAACGAAUUUUAUGGGGAGGAUGGUCCUACUGGUCCAAAGGUGAAAGGUAGUUGGAGUGGGGAUGAAGGAUCGUAAAAGAAGGCCAAUUAAAGACUUAGAGCCCACAUUUCAAAGUAUCGCAAUGCCAUUAAAAUGAGAUGCUUUCAGUAUUUCCUUUGUUAUUGCAAUAUUGAUUCUUCAUUGGAAAUAUCCGUUCUUUUUAUGUUUGGCUUGUAAUUUGUUGGACAAAUAAAUG